AAUCCUCUGUUCUGGUGAAAGAAUUCUUUGGGAGUGUUUGGAAAAGGUAGAAAGAACACAAUAAAAUCUCUGAGGUCUCUACCUGAAAUGGGAAAGAGAACAAUCAGGGUGUGAGAAUUGUUUGAAGCACAAUCUCUGUGCUCUAUAGCAAGAGUGCAGGAAAAGAAAGCAGCAGAGAAGGAAGGAUAGAAAUGUUUGUCCAGACUGUGAAAUGAUCCCACUUGGUUUUGCCAUGUUCCUGUCUCAGCAGGAUGAGCUGGAAUUCAGCAUGGGACCAGAAAAUGAAACAGCAGUUACUGAGUUCAUCCUAGAGGGUUUCCCAGAGCUUGAUCCGAGACUGCAGCUAUUUUUCUCUCGGGUCCUUCUGCUCAUGUACCUGACAACAGUGAUGGGGAAUGCAACCAUCAUUUUCCUCGUGUGUGUGGAUCACCAGCUGCAAACCCCCAUCUACUUUUUCAUCAGCAACCUGGCCUUCCUGGAGAUCUGCUUUCCAUCCUCCACAAACAUCAAAUUGUUUGUCAUGCUGAGCUCUGCUCAGAACACUCUCUCACGAAGCAGCUGUUUUGCCCAAAACUAUUUCUAUUUUGCCCUGGGCUGCACAGAGUUCAUCCUGCUCGUUGUCCUGUCCUUUGACCGCUAUGUUGCCAUCUGCCAACCUUUGCUCCAUGCUGCCAUCAUGAAGCCUCAGCUCUGUGUCCACCUGGUUGUUGCUGCUUGGGUCCUCGGCUUUGCCCUGCUGAGCUACCGGCUGUUCUUCCUCUCGGAGCUGUCUUUCUGUGGCUCCAAGAUCCCCCAUUUCCUUUGUGACAACUCCCCCUUGUUCAGACUGUCCUGCUCUGACACCAGCCUGCUUUGGAAAAUAGACUCUGUCUUCUUAGCGUGUGUCGUGCUGGGUUCCUUAUGUUUGACUCUGGCAUUUUACACCUGCAUCCUUUUCUGUGUUCUGCAUCUUCCAGCAGCCUCUGUGAGGAAGAAAGCUUUGACUACGUGUUCUUCCCAUCUCAUCACCUUGUCCAUUGCCUAUGGGAGCUGCAUUGCUCUCUACACGUGUCCUGCAGAAGAUGUUUCCUUGAGGACCAACAGAAUUGUAGCUCUGCUCAACACAGUCCUGUACCCAUUCUUAAAUCCAUUCAUCUACAGCCUUCGGAACAAAUCUGUGAUCCUGGCCCUGAACAAAUCCAUUGCCAGGGCAAGAACAAAGCUUUUCCCCUAACCAUGGUGCAUUUCUGGAAAGCCA